AUGGAAGAUAAUGGCACGGGACUGCUCAGCAUGGCAUGCCCACAUCAAAGAAGGCGCUGUGCUCUGAAUGUGAAUAUUAGAGAAGGUUUGCCAGUGAAAAUGUCUGACAAAACCUCAUCUUCUGAUUCUAGUAGCCAGACUUCAAAGAACCAGGUGUUAUCACGAGCCAUAUCCAUAUUUCAGGAAAAUGAGGAAACUAAGGAGGAAUUUCUGGAAAUACAAACAUUUUCUACAAACCAAGGUAAAAAGACGACAUUGAGCCUAUUGAAAUUGUUAAGUGCUCACUGUGACUCCACGUUUGAUUUAGAUAAGGAGUUGGAGGAAUUAGCAAAGGUUCCAGAAAUAAUGCAUGAUGAAGUUCUCUUGGCCUAUCCUACUCGACGAGUGAGUUGUGCUGUGGUAAAUACUCCAUCGCCAUGUGUCAAUAAAACCAUUGGUCACAUUGAAGAUCUGGAAGUAAAGAUAGAAGAAUGUUUUCAACAGUUUGAGCAUCUCCUUCGGGAAAGGUUUGCAAGCACAAUUAAGAUGGAACAAAUUGAAGGAUAUGUAUUCCCCAAGCCUUCAGAUUUUCAUGCAAAGUUCAUCAGAAAAGACAGUGGAGACUUGAAACAUCAAACAGAGACUGUGCUAGCGGAGGCUAUUCACUUGAUCAGGAGCCUUGAAACUGACCGUAAAGAUGCUGAAGAUGCUUUAAUGGAACAAAAAUUAAGGAGGAGACUUAUUUGCAAGAAAAUUGACAGUUUGUCAUUUUGGAGGCUUCAGAAACUCCCUUUUGCUGUGCAGAAAGAACACGAGACUAAUAUGUCAGAGAUCCUUGAAUUACAGUGGAAACUUCAUCAGAAAAAAAGAAACUUAGAGAAAUUUCAGCAGCAAGUGUCCAGGGUAGAGGCAGCUACUAAGAAGCUGAAAGAUGAUGUAAACUUCAUGAGGACACAUAGACCCCUGCUGGAAGAAAAGCUGAAUAUAGAAAUUGACAUUGUGAGGAAGGCAUAUUUCGAAAGAGAAAAGGAAUUAACAACAUACCAGGCAGUUCAUGAUAUACUGGAACAGAUUAUGUUUGAGUAUCAGUUAGCCUGCAGAAUGGCUAAAAAAGAAAGAGAAAAAAUGGCCAGUGAGCUAAAAGCAACUGAAGAAAUGUUAGAUCGCUUUAAGAAAGAGCUGAAGAGUGCAGAGGAUAUUUCGAAGCACUAUAGUACAGAAGCAGAAAAAGUUCAGAAGGAGCUUGACUGGAAUAAAGAGGAAUUACUUAGCAUGUCUGAAGGAAAAAAGGAAGUGGUUAAUCAAGUGGAGACUUUAACAACUGCAUUAAUUGAGUUGCAAGAAGCAGUGAAUCUUCAGGCCCAGAAGAUUAAACAGUUAGAAAAAGAAUGUGAAGAUUCAUUGACUGAAUAUCUCGAUGUGAAAAAAUUUUGGAACAAUGAAAUCCAGAAGCUGCAGAAUGAACUUGAAGGAGUCCUAAUGAAAACAGAUUCACUAUUGCAUGCCAAUACAUCACUAGUGGAAGAAAACCAAGCUACAUUACAGGGAAUCAAAGAUAGUUUAAACAGAAAAGGAGAGUAUGAUGAUACAAUCCUGGAGUUAGUGAAACUGAAGACUAAAGAUGAUGAAAUGCUCCAAAAAUUGUUAAAAGACAUUGCUCAUGUGGUUAAUAUUUACAAUGCAACCAAAAGAAAAACAGAUGAAUGGGAACAGAAGUUAUUGGAAGAAAGAAAAAAAUUCAUGGUUGUAUACCUUUUAUGUUUUAAUUAG